AUGCCAGCCCCAGCGGAAUUCUUGAAAUACAUUGAUACUCACGCAGAUGCUUUCAUUAUGCGUCUCGGACAUGCGGUCGGGAUUCCAUCAAUCUCUGGUGACCCCGCCCAUCGCAAAGAUGUAUUUGCGAUGGCUGAUUGGCUAAAUAGUCAGCUUAAGCAGCUCGGUGUUGACACCAAGCUGGUUGACCUUGGAAGGCAUGUUAUGGAUGGAGAGGAUUUGCCCCUCCCACCUGCGAUUCUUGGUCGUUUUGGAAACGAUAGCAACAAAAAGACGGUGCUCAUCUACGGUCAUUUCGAUGUUCAACCUGCAAACAAAUCAGAUGGCUGGGACACCGAACCGUUCACUCUCGUUGUCAACGAGGAGACCGGACAACUCAUUGGUCGCGGCAGCUCAGACGAUAAGGGUCCUAUCCUGGGAUGGCUCAACGUUUUGCAAUACCACCAUGAAAACAAAGUGCCUCUCCCAGUCAACCUAGUAUUCUGCUUCGAAGGAAUGGAAGAGAGUGGAAGUGAAGGCCUUGAUGACCUCGUUCAGCGCGAGUCUCAAAAGGGUGGAUACUUCGACGGUGUGGACUGCGUGUGCAUCUCUGAUAACUAUUGGCUCAAUACGCGAACACCUGCCUUGACCUAUGGUUUGCGUGGGUUGGCAUACUACAAAGUUACAGUUUCAGGCCCUGCACGGGACCUCCACUCUGGUGUCUUUGGUCGCACAGUCCACGAACCCAUGACUGAUCUCAUAUCCCUUCUGGGAACACUUGUGACCCCCCAAGGCGACAUUCUCAUCCCAGGAGUCGACGCAAUGGUGGCUCCUCCAGAUGAAGAAGAAAAGAAGAUCUACGCUAAGCUGGACUAUUCUAUCAGCGAUGUCGAAGAAUCUGCGGGAGCCGCUAUCGCUCUUUCAUCAGAUAAAGUUGCGGUUCUUAUGGGCCGCAUGAGGUCCCCCAGUUUGUCCAUCCAUGGAAUCGAAGGAGCUUUCAGUACUGCCGGUGCAAAGACAGUCAUUCCCGCCAAGGUGUCCGGAAAGUUCAGCAUUCGCCUUGUUCCCCCUCAGACACCCGAGAAAAUCAACCCAUUAGUCUUUGAGCAUCUGGAAAAGGCGUUCGCUGCAUUGGGGACGAAGAACAAACUAGUUGUCGAAGAAUUGCACGGAGGAAAGCCCUGGGUGGCCGAUCACCGUCACUGGAACUUCGAGGCGGCUAAGAGGGCCACAAAAGCCGUCUACAAUCAGGAUCCUGACUUGACUCGCGAAGGUGGUUCCAUCCCUGUAACCUUGACGUUCGCAGAGUCACUUGGGGUCAACGUUUUGCUUCUCCCCAUGGGACGAGGAGAUGACGGUGCCCACUCGACCAAUGAGAAGCUUGACAGGUCGAACUUCAUUGAAGGGUCCAAACUUCUUGGUACAUAUCUUUAUGAAUUGGCAGAUAUCCAGAAGUAA